UUCGUUGCUUUGAACGCUGAUCCAGAACAGCGAAGUGACGAUAACAGAAAAAACUGAAAUCCAUAUUACGUUGUCAACACGGGCUUAAAGAGCAGUGUGUAUAUAUCAGUUACUUGCCGCACACUGACAAGCCGUGUCCUCCGUUGCUCUUCUGAAUUCGGAGGUUUAUAUUUUGUUGGGAUUUUACAUGUGUCGUUAGCCUGUCAAAGCAAUGGCCUCCGAUAGCAACAUGGACAGAGAAAUGAUCCUGGCCGAUUUUCAGGCAUGUACCGGUAUUGACAAUAUUGCUGAGGCAAUCACACUUCUAGAACUGAACAACUGGGAUUUAGUGGCAGCCAUCAACGGAGUGAUUCCACAAGAAAAUGGCAUCUUGCAAAGUAGUUUCUCCAGUGAAGCGUCUCAAACCGAACCCUACGGACCUCACAGUCAACCAGAAGCCACAGCACCUACGCCCUCAGACCUGCCUUCUACAGCAUCAUCAUCUUCCUCACCCCCGUCCUCUUCCAGCUCGGCCAUCUGCCCCGCCCUGCCCUCUCGGCAUAUCGUGGAACGGCAGCCGAGAAUGCUCAAUUUCCGGGUGGAGUACAGGCAGCGCUGUGUAGAGGUGGUCCUGGACGAGUCCAGCGCAGUUGGUGAAAUUAAGAAUAUUCUAGAGACUGAGCUACAGGUGCCUGUGUCUAAAAUGCAGUUAAAAGGCUGGAAGAGCGGAGAUGUCUCUGACAGUACGCCUCUUAGGAGUUUACACUUGCCCAAGAACAACAGCUUGUAUUUGCUUACUCCUGAUAUUGCUCCAUCAGCCAGCACCAGCCAAAGCAGCAGCGCCCAGCAAGGGACGUCAGAUCAGAAUUACCUGCUCAUCAUUAGCCACCGCGAAGCACAGAGAGAUUACAACCUCAACUUCCCCGCCAGCAAAACCAUCCAGGAGGUGAAGAGAAACAUCUCCGACCUGACAAACAUCCCAGUGCGACAUCAACAGUGGGAUGGAUGGCCGGCCUCUGCCACAGUUGACACAAUGACUCUGGCUGUGAGUGGCAUCUCUUACCCCUGUCAUCACCUCAGUGUGUGUAGAAGAUCUUCUCCUGCGCCGGACCAGACAGAUGAGUGUACAGAUGUCCACAUGGUCAGCGACAGCGAAGGGGAUGAUUUCGAGGACGCACCUGAAUUCGGUGUAGAUGAAUCAGAGGUCUUCGGCUCGAGUUGUCGGAAGUCUCCGAUGAUGCCAGAGAACAGUGAAAAUGAGGGUGAUGCUUUAAUGCACUUAACUGCUGAAUUUUCUAGAAGAUAUGGCGACUGCCAUCCUGUGUUCUUUAUCGGCACCUUGGAAGCAGCAUCUCAAGAGGCCUUUUAUGGCAAAGCCAGAGAUAGAAAACUGCUGGCCAUCUACCUCCACAAUGACGAGAGCGUCCUCAGUAACGUCUUCUGCUCCCAGAUGAUGUGCGCAGACUCCAUAGUGUCAUAUCUCAGCCAGAACUUCAUCACGUGGGCCUGGGACGUUACUAAAGAAGCGAAUAAAGCCAGACUACUCACGAUGUGUACAAGACACUUUGGCAGUGUUGUUGCACAGACCAUUCGGACAUACAAGACUGACCAGUUCCCAUUACUUUUAAUUGUCAUGGGCAAACGGACAUCAAAUGAAGUUUUAAAUGUUAUUCAAGGCAACACAACGGUGGAUGAGCUGAUGAUGAGACUCAUGGGAGCUAUGGAGAUCUUCACCGCACAGCAGCAAGAAGAUAUCAAAGAUGAGGAUGAACGUGAAGCCAGAGAAAUGGUCAAGAGAGAACAGGAUGAAGCUUAUCGUUUGUCUCUGGAGGCUGAUCGUAAAAAGAGAGAAGCACAGGAACGAGAGGAGGCGGAGCAAGUUCGUCAGGAGCGAAUCAAGAAAGAGCAGGACGAGGAAAGAGAGGCUAUCCGUCUCACACUGGAGCAGGCCCUGCCACCAGAGCCCAAUGAGGAGGAUGGAGAGCCAAUCAGCAAGCUCCGCAUCAGGACGCCCAGCGGCGAGGUUUUGGUAAGGCGAUUUCUGGGCAGCUGUAAACUCCAGGUCCUGUUUGAUUUCGUCGCCUCCAAGGGCUACCCAUCUGAUGAGUUCAAACUGCUCACCACCUUUCCACGCAGAAAUAUAACGCAGUUAGACCCGGCGUGGAAUCUGGUGGAGGCUAAGCUCUUUCCUCAAGAGACCCUGUUCCUGGAGGCCAAAGAGUAGAAGCCCUUUGAGACGUCCCGGGACGAACCAGAAGAAGAAGCAAAGAACUUUUAGCAUGAUGUCCACAGCGACCCAACACACACAUGCCCUCACACACACUCUCACACACGGUGCGUUGUAUAUGAAUGCUGAGUGUACAUCUGAUGCACACCGAGGCCUUCACAAGCACACGGAUAAACACAUUCUCCUCACAUGACUGCAGUGUUAUGUUCUUUCUUCACCCAAACGUAUGAUAAACGAAAAAGAAAAAUACAAGAAAGAGGUGUGGAUGUCUAACAAAGCCAGCGUCACACACAAGGACUACGUUCUCACCGCGGCUGCUUUUUAGACCUGUUUUGUGUUGAAAAAUAAAUAAAUUAAAAAAGACAAACGAAAGAGACAUUUCCUGGAGAACGCUGGACCAUUUUUUGUCCCUUACACUCACCAAGGCUCCCUGAUUCUCAGCGUGGCCCUGGACAGUCCUUCUCUCGUCUGAGCCCAGCUUCUCUCCCACACAUACUUGGUUUUAAUCUCAACUGCUUACGUUUAUUUUUCCCCUUUUUUUUCCUUUUUAAGUUUGAUGCUGUAUUAGAUUUAGGUUGGUAUACAUUAUAUAAAGACUAUAUGAACAUC